GAACGUCCAGGGGCACGGGACGACUCGCCAAAUUCCACGACACACGGACCAGAAAGAUUAAUGAUUGGUCACACGAGGGGGAGAAUUUCUUCCUCAGACGCUCUAAAUAAAUCGAGAGGCUGUCUCUCCCUCCCUCUGUAUGGUCUCAUCAUCUCAGCGGUCGCAGUGGCCACCACGCUCUGUAAUUUUUCUUCGUCCUUUCUCUUUCGCUCUGCUCCCCAAAAUCCUCCCCUCCCCCCCCCCUCUUUCGUCUCUUUGAGAAAUCUUUGUCGGGCUCUCAACUCUGCUUCAGUUAUCCGUUUUCCGCCUCCCACUCUCUUGGGGGGACUCUUUAGCUGGCCACCUUCUCCACGGUUCUUGGCGAGACAGCGACGUGCCCGCUUGCACUUGCCCUCAUUAUUUUAGAACAUCUCGAAAGAACCUUUGCACUCUGGCCAUGGAAAGUAGUGGCGUCAGCUCUUUCCUGAGGAACAGAAAGCUGGAAAGCAUUUUGAAUGCGAGCUCCAUAGAAACUUUUGGAGUUUCGGCGAAACCCUUGGUGAAAGAAGGGGUGGGAUAUCAGCCGAGGACUGAUGGGUAUGUUGAUGACGAUGGUUGGUUUUCCGAGUUGAUAUCUUGGAUAAGAAUAGUGACGUGCUUCUUGUCAAUGAUGGUGACGACCUUCAUAUGGGCAUUGAUCAUGGUUAUUCUGAUCCCGUGGCCAUAUGAAAGAAUAAGGCAAGGAAAUAUUUAUGGGCACGUAACUGGCAGACUGCUGAUGUGGAUCUUGGGAAAUCCUAUAAAGUUUGAAGGGUUGGAAUAUGCUGACGAGAAGGCCGCCUAUAUUUGUAAUCAUGCAUCCCCAAUUGAUAUUUUCCUUAUAAUGUGGUUGACUCCGACAGGCACUGUUGGUAUUGCAAAAAAGGAGAUUAUCUGGUACCCUCUUUUUGGACAGCUUUAUGUAUUAGCCAACCAUCUCCGCAUAGAUCGCUCAAACCCCACUUCAGCCAUUGAGUCGAUGAGGGAGGCAGCUCGUGCCGUGGUUAAAAACAAUCUGUCUCUGAUCAUAUUCCCUGAGGGCACCCGGUCAAAGGAUGGACGACUGCUUCCUUUCAAGAAGGGUUUUGUACACUUGGCCUUGCAAUCACGACACCCGAUAGUGCCUAUAGUCUUGACUGGGACCCAUCUAGCGUGGAGAAAGGGCAGUUUACAUGUUCGGCCUGCACCUCUUACUGUAAAGUUCCUUCCCCCAAUCAAAACUGAUGAGUGGACUGCCGAUCAUAUUGAUGAGUAUGUGGAAAUGGUCCAUGACAUGUAUGUGAAACACCUUCCUGAGUCGCAGAGGCCUCGUGCAUCGAAUGCUGCUACUAGGAAUAAUUCAGUUUCCUAGGUGAAUUUCUUAUAUAUUCAACUUUGUAUCAUUUUAGAUUAGAGGAAGCAUGUACUAUUAACUCCUGGAAUAAAGCACUGCGAAUAUGUAGUGUUGCUGUAACCCUUUAAAAAGGUUAAAAAAUAGAAAACGCAAAUGCAGUUUUGAGGUUCA